UUGUAAACCAGUCGCUGAUACAAGUGAGCAUAAGAACUGAGUCUUUCCCGUAUUCAAGCAACCACCAUGACUAUUGACUUGUACCACAUGCCACCUAGUGGUCCUUGCCGAGCCGUUCGAAUGGUGGCUAAAAUUAUCGGUGUAGAUCUAAACCUUAAAAAUGUUGACUUAAUGGCUGGAGAGCAAAACAAGCCUGAAUUUUUGAAUAUGAAUCCAGAGCACUGUGUACCUACAAUUGAUGACGAUGGAUUUGUCUUAUGGGAAAGCCGUGCAAUUAUGUUGUACUUGGUGAAUAAAUACGCUCCAGGCAGCUCACUGUAUCCUAAAGAUGUCCAACAGAGGGCGAUAGUUGAUAGGCUAUUAUACUUUGAUAUGGGCACGCUGUUCAAAUCUCAAAGAGAAGUUUUUUAUCCCCAAGUUUUCAAAGGUGAAGCUCCAAAUCCAGAAAGUGAAAAAAAUUAUCAAACAGCUUUGGGCUACUUGGAAGGAUAUCUUUCAAAAUCUGCCUAUGUGGCUGGAGACAAGCUUACCCUGGCAGACAUUUCCAUCAUAGCUUCUCUUUCGAUGAUGGAAGUAUUGGAUUAUGAUAUCAGCACUUACCCCAACAUCUCUGCCUGGAAAGCUAAAGUUAAAGAAGAAGUUCCAGAUUACAAAUCUAUUAAUGACGAACCUCUUCAAGGUUUCAAGGCUUGGGUUAAGUCUAAACAAGCCCAAUAAAGCAGUUAAAAUAAAUGUUUUUCAUCUAUUAACGACGAACCUCUUCAAGGUUUCAAGGCUUGGGUUAAGUCUAAACAAGCCCAAUAAAGCAGUUAAAAUAAAUGUUGAUUUUCUUAUCACAGAAUUUUCUGUCGGUAAAUAUUAUUUUAAACAAAGUUCUUUUGUAAUUGAUUUGUACGCGGCCGAAUUACGUUAAUUAUAAUUCUGUGUAUUCAAACUGUUGGGCUGAAAGAUAUUUUCAAUGACAAUGCUACAAUAAAGAAGUUUUCUUUGAAUCUAUAAAGAA